UAGUAAACCAUUGCCAUUUCUACUGUUUUGUUCAGCUACGAAAAUGACAGUUUUUACGCUUCUAAAUGGCUGGCCUUUUGUUGUGAUACGGGAAUGGCGCCUAUUUGAAAAGGAGGAUGUUUUAAGUUUAAAGCGCACUGCUGUUGGACACUUUCUACACUCCAGCAUAUUGUAGUCCUUAUUGUUUGUUUACGGACCUCUUGACCUGAACCUUUUUUAACUGGUGGUGAACGAUGAGCUCCGAAAAGGACGUGAAAACAGCUUUGACUGAAAUCUUGGAAAGUAACGGAGUGCUUCCUUCAUUACGCGCAAACUUGCGCUCGGAGAUUGUGAAGGCUCUAGAGGAACCGGGAAGCCGCAGGCCUCCCAAGCUGCCUCAACAGAACUGCCUCAUUAACGAACUCAUACUGGAGUACCUCGCAUUCAACAACUACAAGCGAGCCGCGUCUAUAUUGGAAGCAGAGAGUGGGUACCAGCAAAGCUGUGUCGGUCGUGCAUUCCUUGAGAAAGAACUCCGCAUUACGUUGUCGGAGAAUGCUUCUCAACUGCCGCUACUGUACUCAAUCGUAGAGACUCUUCGUAACGGUGAGAAGGCGAAGACUUCAAGUGUUGAGAAGAGGACGUCCUGAGGCAUCAACCAGGGUGUUGCACAGAGUAUCAGUCAGAAUAUCCGAAUGUGAUGUCAGGAUGGCCUGAUUUUUCUUCGUAAAUUAUUGGUUGAUUUUUAUUAAAAGUAUAUAGUUACAUGAUUUGUCUGUGUUUGUCUGCAAGUACCAUACUGCAUACCUGUUUUGCUUUUCUGUCUAGCGACAUAGUAAGAGUGAAGAUAUUGUGAAGAUUGCGUUUGUGCA